AUGGCGACUAAAAAGGAACCACGACGUAAGUUGGCACUUGUAAUUGGCAUUGGUAAAUAUGACUAUUGUGAAGAAUUACAAAAUCCAGAAAAUGACGCGAAUGAUAUGUCUAAAGCGCUGGAGAGUAUUGGUUUUGCUGUUACAAAGAAACUAGAUCUGAAACGUGCUGAAAUGAGACAUGUUGUUAUUGAUUUCGAAGAAUCAAUAGAGCGCGACGAUAUUGUUCUAUUUUAUUUUGCUGGACAUGGGAUACAAUGGGAAGAUCAAAAUUAUUUGAUACCAAAGGACACUCCAACUUUGAAUGGUGCAGCUUUAAACACGACUGCAAUCAAUGCACAACAUAUUCUUGACAAUUUAAGUGAUCACAAUCCAUAUGUAACAAUAUUCCUAUUGGAUUGUUGUAGAAAGUAUCACUUACGCAAUCCUGAGGUAGACGCACGUGAUCCGGAUGCAAGUGGUUCAAAGUCAAUAGGCCUCAAAGCUAUGAGCAAGGCUGGUUCAUUGAUUGCAUUUGCUUGCGCACCUGGAACUAUAGCCAUUGAAGGAAAAGGACAGAGAAAUGGUUUAUUCACAAAACAUCUUUUAGAACAUAUUAAAACUGAGAAUGAAGAUAUCCAAAUGAUAUUACGUGAUGUUGUCAAAGGAGUAAAACAGGAAUCAAAAUCAAAACAAAUUCCAUUCGUGAGCGCUUCAUUAUUAGAGAGGGAUAUAUAUUUAUGUAGUCAACAAAUAAAUCAACCACGUAGACUAGGUAAAUAUACUAGUAAAUUCUACUGCUCUUGUUUAAGUGAAUCAAUAGAUUAUCAUAACAAUUUUACCUUCGAAUCAUCUUUGUUUCUAAACAUUUAGAAAAUAGCCAACGAGACAUUUAUGGCAUUUGAAUUGUUUCUCGGUGUAACCUGAGUUAAAUGUUAUAGGUAACAUCACCGAAAUAAACAGAGAACUUGGGUGCAGCUCUGGUCUCAAUCUUUAUAAUACUUGCGAUUUUCAUAGUCUGGCGUGGCUAUUUCUUAAUUACGAAGGAAACUAUUCAGGCGUUUCAUCAUUUUGGAGCGCAUAUAUUGGACAUAUAUAGAAGUUCACUGGCAUAUUCUAACGCUAAAAUAAUAUAUGCAUAUAGUCCUCCGAACAAACCAUAUCUCAUUUUUAAAUCACAUUUGUUCGAACUGUUAUUUCUAUCAAGUGCAGUAGAUAUUAGAAUUUGAUUACGGCAGAAGUUUGAGCAUUAGCGUUAUUUGACUCGCGAAGAUGUUGAGUUUAGAACAACCAGUCGGAAAUCUGAUGCACCCCUAAGGAUACUACCAAAUGAAUCAAGCUCUAAAUGCGUUGACAUUUUUAUUGAUUUUGGUUCUGACGAUUCUUUUCUUCGUUGAAAAGCUGAUUUCGAGAAAAAUACAAAACAUUGCGAAACACAAUAUUCUGUACAAUACCUGAGUCAUACUUGAAACCAAACUGGCCAGUUACGAGUCCGGCAUGGUUGAAAUUUUAAAGCCAACCGUUUUUCACUGAUUUUUUAUUGAUUUUCUUUUGGACACUAAAGCUGGCCUAUUUCACUCAUUUUUAACAAUUUCCAUAGUUUUAGUGAUCAAAAGAUAAGAGCCUGGCAAUCUCCAGCUAAUAAAUUUUCAGCCUUUGUUAAAAUCUCAGCUCUGAAUAGUGAGUUAACACUUUCUCAUCGUAGGAUGAUAGUCUUGGAUCAUGCUGAAUAAAAUUAUGCUCAAAAAAAAUAUUAGCCAGGUAUUAGAUGUUAGUUUUGGUCUAAACUAACGUUUUUUCGCCUCAAAAUUUUGAGCUCAUUAUUCUGAACUCUUUCUAACUGACUCUCAUAAAAGUCCAAUAGGUAGUAGUUUUCAAUUCAUGAUGUCAUUACAAAAUAUUAAAACAGAUUCUACUCUGCUGUCAAGAUUUUACCAAAUACAAGCGUCAUAUAACUAUGAAAAUAUUGAAAUAUUAAUCAAUCUCACACCCACAUCGAUAUCCUCAAGAGCUUUAUGAGUUUUACAUUGUAUGCCUUCGUAGAACUGAAGUAAUAGACUAUUUCUCGAAAGAACUGAUUUAUUUGUUGAUAUUAAACAUUUAGUUGAAACCACUGCACGGAUCCACGAACGAUGAAAAACGUCAAAGUCAUGAAAGUUUUAUUUUCAGGUGCAGUGGAGAAGGGAUUGUUUCGAAAGUCAUUUUUCCUUGUUGUGGGCGUCCAGAGAAAUCAGUUAAGUAGACACUAAUGGACUUCCUCAACACUAUACACUAAAUAUGAAUGUAUGUGAACCUUCUGACUGCACAUCGAGCAUCCUACGGUGUUAAAGUAAAUUGGUCGACUCUGUCAGAGUUGCAAACACUGUCCUUAGAAUGACCCAUUGUCACAAAAGGUUUUUUUCUAGAAUUGAACAGACAAUUAAAGAGAAGAGUUGAAAUUUUCUACGAUUUCUUAAUAAGACUAUUCAAAUUGUGAACCAUGCUGGAAUUACUACGUUCUUACAUAAUACUAUCUAAUAAAGACAACAUUCUUAUUCAAGAUCACCUCACCUAUUGACAUUGAAAGAUCCUGGUAUAUAUUUUUGUACUUUAGAACAGCCACAAGACUUAUUACAAAUA